GUUCGGUAGCCCGAGACAAAGCUGUGUACUUUAUCAUAAGAAAGGGAGAAGAAAAAAAGCCUUACUUGACAGGCAAACACUACGGGCCUUUACCGAUGACGCGGUUGCAGAGCGGUUGCAUGUGGGGCAUUGAGCAAAAGCUUACUUACGGUGGGGAGCUCAAGAGGGAGCAAGAAUACGGGUAGCAGGGGCAAGACGACGCACGAAGAGAAGGUACACUACAUAAGCUGGGAAGGAGGAGCAGAACCCACUACUCCCUCUCCUUUCGGACCCUCCAACGCUACCCAACGCAACCCGAGCAUAAGCGCCAAAAACAUGCCAGGACGAGUAGACAACGUACCCUUUGCUCGCGCGCAGCACAUUGGCUCGCUGCUGCGUCCGACGAAGCUCCUCGACGUUCGUAUGCGUUACGAGAACGGAGAGGCGGACUACAAGACGGAGCUCAAGCCGGUCGAGGACGAGGCAAUCUCCGAUAUCAUCCAGCUUCAGCGUUCCGUGGGACUCAAAUGCCUGAGCGAUGGCGAGUUCAGGCGACACAUGUUCUGCGAUGGCUUUCACGAGCAUCUCGACGGCUUUGAGUCCGUUGUCAACCCGCCGAGGAGCAUCUUCAAGAUGUAUGUUCCUGACGUAAGGGCCUUUGUCGACUCGCACGCCAAACGAAUGGCGCCGACGUGGAUCUGCAAGGGCACGAUCAAGCGAAAGAAUUCGCCAUCGCCCUACGAGGAGCAGUUCAAGAGCAUGCUACAGUUCACGACGCCCGACGAGAUCAAGCACAUCAAAAUGACGACGGCCGCGCCCGAGUGGUACCACUUGCGCCACAGCAGCGAGUUUGCAUUCACGAAGGACGCCUAUCCAGAGGACGGCGAGGUCGGCUACUUUCGCGACAUUGCGGCGGCCUACCGUGAAGAGCUCAAGGCGCUGUAUGGGCUUGGAUGCAGAAACGUCCAGGUCGACGAUCCCCUGCUGGCCUACUUUUGCGACGAGUCAAUGAUCAAGGGCAUGAAGGACGAGGGCAUGGACCCAGAGGCUGAGCUGACAAAGUACAUCGACCUGUACAACCAAUGCUUUGCCGGACGACCAAAGGACAUGAUGGUGGGCGUCCACCUCUGUCGCGGCAACUUCAAGGACGGCAUGCACUUCAGCGAGGGCGGCUAUGACCGAAUUGCGCGCAGGCUCUUCAACGAGCUCGACGCUGAUGUCUACUAUCUCGAAUAUGACACGGAGAGGGCGGGUACAUUUGAGCCGCUGGCCGAGAUGCCGGCCGACAAGCUCGUCGUUCUCGGCGUUAUUUCCUCCAAGGUCGGCGAGCUCGAGUCUCCAGAGGCCAUGGAGGCAAAGGUGCGCAGUGCUGCCAAGAUCAUGGCGAAAGCCGUCGGACAGUCGGAGCAGGAGGCGCUCAACCGGCUGGCGGUAAGCCCUCAGUGUGGCUUUGCAUCGCAUUCGGAGGGCAACAACAUCGCCCUUGAAGACAUGACCAGAAAGCUGGGUCUCGUCAAGCAGGUCGCCAAGAAGAUCUGGCCCAAUGACGAGUGA